AUGUUAGAUAAGAAAGCCGACAAAACUUAUGUAGAUGAAAAUUAUGCAAAGAAGUCGGAAGUAAAUGCUGCGCUUAAUGGAAAAGCCGAUAAAGAGCACGUGCAUGAAGAAUUUCAAACAAUCAAGAUUAAAGAAAUUAAAGCAUGCAUUGAAAUAGUAACAAAAACGGGAAGAAACGGUGCAACUGUACAUGAACAAAAAAUUUAUCCUCCUACUUUUCCUAAUGGUUUAAUAACAAAAAAUAUAAAUAUUGAAGAUGGCAAAAAAUUUAUAAACGUUAAACAUGAACUUCUAACAAUGAAGGCUCAGAUUCUUCAAACCAUAUAUCCUAUAGGCUCUAUUUAUACGUCAAUGAAUUCAACAAAUCCCGCAAGUGUUUUAGGUUUUGGUACGUGGCAGCAGAUUGUAGAUAAAUUCUUAUACUGUGCUAACUCUUCAAAUCAAACAGGAGGUUCAAAGAAAAUUAAAGAAGCAAACUUACCUGCGCACACUCAUACAGGAACGACAAACUUUUCUGGCGACCAUAGCCACUCAUUAAGAGACCACCCAUUAUACAACUCAGACUAUAAAGCUGGCAAUGACGUUUUAUCUCCAUCUUAUAACAAUUCAGCAAAAAAGACUUUUCGACCAACUGAACCAGGAGGAAAUCAUGUCCAUACUUUCACAACAAAUCCAACAGGCUCGGGUGCAGAUUAUAUGCCACCAUUUAUGACUGUAUUCGCAUGGUACCACGUUCAAUGA